UCAUGAAGUUUGGAAAGCAGUUGGCGCUGCGUAAGGCUGUGCCUCAGUGGUCGGAGUAUUAUAUCGAUUACAAGAAGUUAAAACAGUACAUCAAACAACAAUCCAUCAAACUCGCUUCCUCAACUUACGAUCCUGACCUCGCCUCUAAAAUCGUCGAUGAAUUUCGGGACCUCCUUUCCGACGAACUCGAAAAAGUCGACGACCGCUUCCAUGAUGUUGAAGCCGACUCCGAAGAAGAACUCGAUGAUCUGAAUGCUACUUGGCAUAAUGCCAUGACUGAGGAGGAGCAGAAGCAGUGGAGGGAGAGGCUGCAAGGGAGGAUAAAUCUAAUUGAAGAGUUGAUCGAGUUCACGCAGGCGAAUGUUACGGGAUUUCACAAGAUCUUAAAGAAGUUCGAUAAGCAUUUUCGACAGCAGUCGAGCGGGGUGCCUGCGAAAGCUGUCGCAUCGGGUCCCACGCAUGAUGCCUUGAUGUCGACCGCUAACUCACCUCCCGUUCGCUCCGGAUCAAUCUCAUUCUCGGUUGGCAACGACUCGAUGAAACGCACCAAUAGCCCUCCUGGGAUGGGCAGCUACCAAGCUCAACAACCUAUCCACCUCGCACAACGCCGCUACAGUAUGGGGCCAGAAGGAAAGGACAUGUGGCGCAUGGUCAUGAAAUUCAAAUUCUCGACUACCGAGAAAGACGAAAUGCUCCUCUCCCGUGCCCGCGAGCUCUGGCGUCGUCAUGCGCCCCCGGCUCCAUCCGCGACCUUGCCAAUCAACGACAUGCAAGAUCUCUCGAUCUCGGAAUCGAAUAUCCAGACGUAUUCCGAGCUGGACUUGAAUUCCGUUCCGUAUGGGCGCGUGACGAAAAUUUGGAUCACCCUCAUCGAAGAUUCGCUCAAACCACUCCAAGUCCCCGUCCUGAUCGCACGCGGCGUGAGACCCGGCCCAAUCGUGGGUAUGACCUCCGCACUCCACGGAAACGAGGUCAAUGGUGUCCGUGUCAUCCACCGUCUCUUCCAAACCGAACUCGACCCGGAACAACUCCACGGUACCGUCGUCGCAGUCCCCGUCGCGAACGUCCAAGGUUUCCUCGCUUCCCAACGCGGAUUCGACGGACAAGACCUUAACCGACUCAUGCCCGGUAAGCUCGAUGGGAGUACCCCGCAGCAAUAUGCGUAUGCCUUGCUCGAUCGGAUCGUGCGGAAGUUUGAUUAUUUGAUUGAUUUACAUACCGCGAGUAAGGGACGUGUCAACAGUUUGUACGUGCGUGCGAAUAUGCUGGAUCCGAGGACGAGGCGAAUGGCAACGUUGCAGAACCCGCAGAUUAUCGUGCAUAAUACGAGUCCGGAUGGGAGUCUGAGGGGGAGUGCGAUGACAAUUCAUGACAUCCCAUCGAUAACUGUUGAGAUCGGCAACCCCGGUGUCUUCCAGAAACGCUUCGUCAAGUCCGCGCUCCUCGGCGUCACAAACAUAAUGUCAAACCUCGGCAUGAUACCCGAAGACCACUCCGUCCCCGAAUACGAACCCGUAAUCUGCGACCGCUCUUACUGGAUUUUCUGCCAAAAGGGUGGGAUCCUCUCUGUGAUCCCAGAAGUCAAUACGUGGGUGCGGAAAGACGAGGUCAUCGCGACGAUUCAUUCGAUUUUCGGACAAUUGUUGGAUGAGAUCCGGGCGCCGGAGGACGGGAUUGUUGUUGGGAAGGAGGUUGAUCCGGUCGCUAGUUCUGGGAGUCGGAUUGUGCAUUUGGGGGUUACGAGGGGAGAGUAUGCGAAGAAGGUAGAGGAUGGGCAUUUGUAGGCUCGUGAGAAUUGAUCUGUCAGGGAUUUAAGAUAAUUGGGAGGAUUGUAGG